AUGAUCAUCCCUGUUCGGUGCUUCACCUGCGGGAAGGUCAUUGGAAGUCUAUACGAGAAAUACCUUAAGCUUUUAGGAGAAUACGGAGCAGAAGAAAGUGGAAGCUCAGAGACUCCUGCUAAGCGGGCGCUGGAUGAACUCGGCCUUACUCGCUAUUGCUGUCGGCGUAUGCUCCUCACGCAUGUUGACCUGAUUGAUGACCUUCUUCUCUACACCCCCAAGGCAAGACAGGCCCGUGCGGCGGAGCAGAAGUAA